AUGAAGCUAUAUCUGAUCCGCCACGCAGAGUGUGGACAUAACGUGGGACAAGCAGCAGGCGAUACCAAUGGCCACUACCUGACAGAGAACGGUAAGACACAAGUCCGUCUGCUCGCUCGAAGCUUCAAGGAUCGGAUGAUCCGCUUCACUCAUGUUUUCUCGUCGGAUCUUGAUCGGGCUUCGGAAACGGCGCAGGGUAUCUGCCAACAACAGCUGGCAAGCGGCCCGUUGUUGGCCCCGAUACAGGUCCCGAAUCUUCGGGAGCAAUCGUUCGGCAACCUGGAAGGUACACGGUGGCAUUCCGGUGCUCCUGCUUCCAGCAUCAGUUCUCCGGAUGCUUUGCGUGGAGGUGAGCCGACAUACACCGAUGAGGAGUCUGUCGUCUCCAUGCGGGCUCGUAUAAAUGCGUUUUUGCAGGAUCACAUAAUGCCUUUCCUCAUUAACGCAGACACCGCAAACGAAGAGGUCAUUGCUGUUGUCGCUCACGGCGUCAUCCUCCAGGUUCUCUGGGUUUGUCUCGCGGAUUUAUUCAAUCAGCGAGAUAUCCACCUUGGACCUGGCGUCGGACAAGCUGACUUUGGGGACUACGUGCGGCCUGUAUGGUCGAAUACUGGCGUGAUGGAACUGGACAUCCGGCCCGCAUCGAUCGUACCACCGUACGUCCGUGAUGCGGCGCGUCCACCCCCGUUCCUGCUCGGUUCGAUGCAGCGACCCGAGUCAUUCGAGGCCCCGCUGUCUGGAUGGUCAAUGACCGUUUUGACCGUCGAUGAUACAACUCAUCUUGACAUGGAGCAGCAGGUUGAGCGCACGGGAGGGACUGUUCGCAAUACUCUCCAGCCGUCUAGGCAGGAGACAACGAAUCAGUUUUAUCGGCUAACUGGGACAGCAUGA